UAUUGAGCCUGAAUGGGCGCGGUCUAGUUGCGCAGGGCAGGGCAAGGUGCGCUUUGUAUUCACUAAGUCCAGACUCUUCUCAGCUUCCCUCUUUGGAGAACGUUGCGCAUUGUGGACGCACACAAAAUGACGAGCGUGGAUCCAUUAAAAUCGGUCAUUUCCAUCGGGAAUGUGGACGACACGUCGCUUGCUCUGCCCUCCGUUAACCAGUAUCGAUCAGGACAGCAGCGCGUCCUGGAGCAAGUGCAAACUAUCAGGAGGACUAAGUCGCGGCAGUUCAGCACCAGGAGCGGAUCCACCUCUUUAUCUCCGACUAGCCCUUCACAGGACUCUGUUUUCACUGAUGGCAAAAAAACACACUCAUGUACAUCUAAUGGGAGUUUCUUCUUCGGUAAUGGCUUCUCUACAAAUCUCGGCCUGGAAAAAAACAUAAACCGACAAAUAGUUGACAACUCCAAAGGAUCCACAGUAAAAGGAACUACAGCAACUUCUGCCUAUUUCCAUGAGAGGAGCUAUGCCCCUCUUGGCUCUGUGGUAGUGGGUCAAAUCAACACCAGUCGCAGCGAGCCUGAUCUGGCUUGGCGCCGCUCUGUGCCAAAGCAAUCUGUCCCACGGCAGAGAAUCCUCUCCAGUAAGGGCACCUACAUGACACAACGGAGCACAAGCCAGUUUUUAACUGGCUCACAACCUCAGCCUCUGUAUGCUGCAAAUGGUCAUGUCAAAACAAAAAAACAGUUCAUGUGCAGUCAAACCGACAUGAAGAAAACACAGUCAAAGCCUUCCAUCACUGAGGUCAAGUCCAAGACCAAAGGAAGUUCUGGGGUAAAUGGACACAGUGGAGUUGCUGAUAUCACUCUGAAGGAGGCCGUGGAGUUUCUUUUCAGUGAGGAUGAGAAGUAUCAGCACUGCGGCGCUUCCUACAUUCAGCACAACACGUUCAUUCAAGACAAAGCUAAAGAAGAGGUCUUAAAGCUAAAUGGCAUCCCUCCUCUGGUGGGUCUGCUGCGAAGUUCCAGUUCACAAGUCAGCCACACAGCCACAGCCGCCCUGCGUAACUUGUCCUUUAAGAGUGACAGUAACAAAGAGGAGAUACAUCACUGUGGCGGCAUCACAGAGGCUGUGGCUCAGCUCAGAGAUUCAGAUUCUGUAGAGCUGCACAAACAGCUAACAGGUCUUUUGUGGAAUUUGUCCUCUGCAGAUGACCUGAGGCCGGACCUGCUGAAGAUCGCUCUGCCUGUCUUGGUUGAGCGUGUGGUCGUGCCUUAUACUACAGAUUCUAACCAGACCAACAGUAUAAGCAAAGACUCUGAGGUUUUCUUCCACACAACAGGAUGUCUUCGAAACCUAAGCAGUGCAAAACAAAGCAGCAGACAGACGAUGAGGAAAUGUCGAGGUUUGGUCGACUCUUUAGUUACUUAUGUUAAAGACUGUGUGGAUGCAGGAAAACCCGAUGAUGAGUCUGUAGAAAACUGUGUGUGCAUCCUGCACAAUCUGACAUUCCAGCUGGAGGCAGAGGCGCCGGCUCUGUUCAGCAGGAUCACAGCUUUGGCCAAAACUGUCAACAGGAGCCACAGUCAGAGCAACAGCAGCCCUGUGGGCUGCUUCAGCUCUCAGAGCAAAUCCACAGAACAUGAGCAUCACUUUGACUUCCCUAUCAUUGAGGAUCCACGGCCUAGUGGUGCCGGCUGGUUGAUCCACUCCAAAACACUUCAGAGUUACCUGUCUUUGCUUGGCUCAAGCCAGCGAGAAGAAACACAGGAAGCCUGCUGUGGAGCUCUGCAGAAUCUCACUGCACACGAAGGCAUUGUCUCCAGUGUAAUGAGUCAGAUUAUUGUGCAAAAGCUGAAUGGCCUGCAGGUUAUUACCCCUCUUUUAAAGUCAAACAGAAUCAACCUGCAGAGGAACACAGUGGCUUUGGUAGGAAACUUGACGAAGAACCCAAACUUGCACAGUGCCAUCGGUCGUAAAGCCCUGCCAGAGCUGCUGGGCCUCCUCAGUGAAGGCACUAUGGGAGGUAAUGAGUCGGAUGACACCCUUGCGAUGGCCUGCCAGACGGUCAGCUGCCUGAUUUUGAAGGAGCCUGAGAUGAGCAAGCAGUUUUUAAACAACAAUGUGAUAAAAUCACUCAAUGACCUCAGCCAAAACAUAUAUUUCCCCAGAUCCAGCAAAUCUGCUGCUGUUCUUCUGUACAAAAUCUGGUCUGAUAAAGAUUUGCAAAGCUAUCUGAAAAAGCAAGGGAUGAGCAAGUCCUCAUUUGUGAAUGACACCACCAUGGCGGCACACAGGUCUUUCCAGGUUGUUGAUUAAACGCGGCUCUGACAGUCAUUUACUGAAGUAACUCGCCUGUGUGGCUUCUGCACAUCCACAGGACACACAAACACACCGAGGCUGAGCAGCAUCCUCUUUCAUUUCAUUUUUCAGAUAUUUAACUAUGAGCUCUAAACUUUUUAUUAAUCUGUGUACACACCAACGUUAUGUUUACAUUGUAGAAAAAAAGAGAAGGCUAAGAGCUGACACAAAAAAUCAGAAGUGUGUCUUUUUUUGUUUGUUUUUUUAACACUAUUAAAUGUGCUAUAGUGUCAAUUUCAUUGGUAAAUCUGGCUUUCUUCUUUACAUAGCUGCAUAACAGCGAUGAAAAAAAGUAUGCUUUAUUAUUAUGUAACAACACUGUAAGAAGGCAUAUAAAUGUAUAAAAGGAGCAUAACAUAAUAUUUUCUUGAGAUAAAAUGGUUGUAAACUGUAAUGUGUUUAACAUGCUGUAGUUAAAUCUUAUUGGUGGUAUUUCCAUGUUUCUGAUUGUGUGCAGUCUUGAAGUGGUUUGUUUUUGUUGUCAUAAAUUGUGGUAAUAAAGUUGGAUAAACUCUA